GCCGGAGCGCAGCGCACGAGCCCGCGCAGCGCCGGAGCCGCCCCCGCCGGUCCCGCCCGGAGCCGCCGCCGAGCCCGAACCGCCGCCCCCGCCGCUCCCCGCCCGCAGCCCCCGCCCGCAGCCCCUCCGCGGCGGAGCGCCCGGCGCCAUGCCCAAGAAUAAAGGCAAAGGAGGUAAAAACAGGCGACGAGGUAAGAAUGAGAAUGAAUCAGAAAAAAGAGAACUGGUGUUCAAAGAAGAUGGGCAAGAAUAUGCCCAGGUGAUCAAGAUGUUAGGCAAUGGAAGACUGGAGGCAUUAUGUUUUGAUGGUGUGAAGAGGUUAUGUCAUAUUAGAGGGAAGCUAAGAAAAAAGGUUUGGAUAAAUACAUCUGAUAUUAUAUUGAUUGGCUUAAGAGACUACCAGGAUAACAAGGCUGAUGUUAUUCUAAAGUACAAUGCAGAUGAAGCCAGAAGUCUGAAAGCAUACGGGGAGCUUCCAGAACAUGCCAAAAUCAAUGAAACAGACACAUUCGGUCCUGGAGAUGAUGAUGAAAUCCAGUUUGAUGAUAUUGGGGAUGAUGAUGAAGAUAUUGAUGAUAUCUAAUUUGAAACAGAGGUUUACAUUCCGACUUUUUUCCUCCAAGGAUUGUUCUACAUUGAUACUUCGAUUAUUUUUUGGGUGAAGUCCCUUGCUUUUAAGAGAACCGAAAAUUCCUGGUAAAGAGUGUAGUUUGUUACAUCAAAAGGAUUUAUUUUCAAUGUUUGUUUUAAAGUAUUUAUAUUUCUUUAGAAAUGGAUAAUGCUGGAUUAUCACAAAGGUUCAGUGACACACCACAAAUAUUUUGUCUCUUCACCAAUUAGAGCUUUUACCUCUGGAUGUAAGUGACAUACAGUGACAUGGGCUGUAAAAGACUGCAUUUUUCCCUCUUCUGCUUUCAUCACUACAAUUCCAGUUAAACUUGUAUUUUGAAAUAAAAAAAUGUUUACCCUGUAAUUAUCAUUAAAGACAAAUACCCAGUUCAGAUUAGUAUCGAAUCAUACUAUGCAGUGUCUGUCCUUAUACCCCUUGCCUUGAUGUUACCUUUAAAAAAGAUUUUGAUAAUAUAAAAGGAAGGCAGAAAUCUGCAUUUAAACUCAUAAUGCUCGAUGAAUCUGCUUUUCAUGUCUAGUAGCAUGCUGCUAUUUUUAUACUGAUUUUGAUAAUUAAAAACACUCAUUAUUUCAGAGGUGUAAAUUUUCCACGGUGGAGGGAGGGGUAGGGGAGGAGGAAGGAUAAAAAGUGAGCAGCAUCUCAAAAUUUCGCAGUUUUUUGGGAACUGCGGUUCGUGCUGAGGCCGAGCUGUAGUUGCAGACGAUGAACACUGGGUGGCGCCCGACUGAACAGCGAGACACGAAUGCGACACGUUCCCGGUCGGGUUUGUGCUGAAAAAUACAUAAAACAGGUUUUCCCCAAAGUGAACGCCUAACACUCUCGAUAUGGUAAACAUGUAGAAUAUUUUUACAUUAUAUAAAGGGUUAUGUUAAGAGUAGAGUUUUAUUUUAAUCUGAAAUUCCAUACAUUGUAAGGUGCAACAUAAAAGCUUACGUGAAUGUUGAGCAACAAUAUAAAUGGGAAAAUAAAUUUGUGUCAAAAGUAGGAAGAGAAUCUUUUCAUCCAGAAUAAAUCACUGAAGCAAACUACUGGAAAGAUUCUUCUCCAUCUUCAGACUGGAGGGAUCAGUUGAGAAACUGAAUAAAGAACUAACAUCAUCAUGCAAAUAUUAUUUUGUGGUAGCCUUAGUUUCUUUGUCUUCAAUUAUGUAUUUAACAACUUUGAAAGCAGGCUAAUGGAAAACUUCCUUUUGUGCCAUAAAGAUCUGAUUCUUGACACUUGUAUUCCUUAUACAGUCUUUUUGGUAUGAUGUAAAGUGACUACCCCAAUAGAUAAAAACAAAAUGACUUUAAA